UCGCAGGUGGAUAAACUGGUGGCUCAGCAUGACAAGGAGAAGCUGACGCUGGAGAAGCUGCUGGAGAAGGCCAUCAAGAAGAGAGGAGAAAACAACUGCUCCGAGUUGAAGAAGGAAACGGCGAUAAAGGUGGAGACGCUCACGACAGACCAUAAAGAAAAGGUGAAGGACAUGGUGGCCCAGCACACUAAAGAGUGGUCCGAGAUGAUCAACGGCCACAGCACAGAGGAGCAGGAGAUGAGGGACGCCCAUGUGACGCAGCAGUGCGAGGUCUUGAAGAAGCUUCUGGCCAGCGUUCAGGACCAGCAAACACUGCAGCUCAAGCUCAUCCACGAGCGGCAAAGCAAAGAGAUGAAGGGUAACCAGGCGAAGACGUCCAUGGAGAACAGCAAAGCCAUCAGCCAGGACAAGAGCAUCAAGAACAAGGCUGAGCGCGAGAGGAGAGUUCGGGAGCUGAACAGCAGCAACACCAAAAAGUUCCUCGAGGAGAGAAAACGGCUGGCCAUGAAGCAGGCGAAGGAGCUGGAGCAGCUGCAGAAGAACCAGCGUGAGCAGCUGGAGAAACUCGAGAAGUUCAAUGAGCAGCUUUUGAAAUCCCAUCAUGCAAACAGUCAGACUCCAGGCCAAAGACAUGCAGAAGAUGGUGAAGCUGGAGGAGGACAUGGACCGCAGACCAGCCACAGUGGUGUAAACACUCCGUCAGUCCACUGAGAAGACCAGAGGAAACCCUCAUGAUCUCCCACACGAGUCACGAGUGCUGAAGACAUCAGUCUGUCCCCCGGGCUCCGUCUUCAUCCAUCUGUCCCCCGGGCUCCAUCUUCUGUCUUUCACCCUGAGAGUCCCUGCCCUCUGUAGAUCACUAGCCCCGCCCUCUCUCCCUACCUCAGCUCUAACCUCGCCCACUCUUGCUACCUCAGCUCUAACCCCGCCCACUCUCCCCAUCUCAGCUCUAACCCCGCCCACUCUCCCCAUCUCAGCUCUAACCCCGCCCACUCUCCCCAUCUUAGCUCUAACCCCGCCCACUCUCCCCAUCUUAGCUCUAACCCCGCCCACUCUCCCCAUCUUAGCUCUAACCCCGCCCACUCUCCCUACCUCAGCUCUAACCCCGCCCACUCUCCCUACCUCAGCCUUUACCCCGUCCACUCUCCCCAUCUCAGCUCUAACCCCGCCCACUCUCCCCAUCUUAGCUCUAACCCCGCCCACUCUCCCUACCUCAGCUCUAACCCCGCCCACUCUCCCUACCUCAGCCUUUACCCCGCCCACUCUCCCCAUCUCAGCUCUAACCCCGCCCACUCUCCCCAUCUUAGCUCUAACCCCGCCCACUCUCCCUACCUCAGCUCUAACCCCGCCCACUCUCCCUACCUCAGCCUUUACCCCCGCCCACUCUCCCCAUCUCAGCUCUAACCCCGCCCACUCUCCCCAUCUUAGCUCUAACCCCGCCCACUCUCCCUACCUCAGCUCUAACCCCGCCCACUCUCCCUACCUCAGCUCUAACCCCGCCCACUCUCCCCAUCUCAGCUCUAACCCCGCCCACUCUCCCCAUCUCAGCUCUAACCCCGCCCACUCUCCCCAUCUCAGCUCUAAACCCGCCCACUCUCCCUACCUCAGCUCUAACCCCGCCCACUCUCCCUACCUCAGCUCUAACCCCGCCCACUCUCCCUACCUCAGCCUUUACCCCCGCCCACUCUCCCUACCUCAGCUCUAACCCCGCCCACACCAGCUAACACCACGGUGAAGACGGCGCUGGUGGGACAGACCCGUCACACACACGUGUUUUUCUACAGUCCGCUGCGGCCCGUCCGUCAUCAGCAGAGCUGCAGCCAUGAUGGGUCGACGACUCAAAAGUGAACUUUUCAAGCCGUAUUUCAGCCGUAGCAGAGCCAGGCCAGCGGACGAGUCUGAUUAACAGACGGUUUAGUUAAUGUCGUCAGCACAAUACCUGUGAACGGUGCGCUAGUUUAAUGUCCUGAGCACUUUAUAUGUGAUAGGAUGUCGAGGACCUUUGACUAUGUAGCAGAGCACUAGCUUUCCUCAGUACAGUAAGAAUGUAGAGUCUGGAAUCCACACGAGUUCCACUGCUGUCCCGAGCUUUUAUCGUCCGCUCCCGUCGGUUUUUAAGACGUACACGUCAUUUUAACCCAAAUGUUGUUUCGUUUUAACGGUGACACUUUUUAAACAGGCUUUGAGAUGUAGAUGGUGCUCAAGGAGUUUGCUUUUGCUGUUCGGUAGGCGACGGAUCCUCAGUCUCGUAGCGGCGACGCUUGCAGGUCCUGAUCCAUGGGGAUUUGGAUGCAUCGCCAACACAAACUAUUUACUUUCCUCGGACACGACGCUGAACUUUGGCUCCACCUGGGUUUGUGUUCUCUCACUUUCAGGAGGUCUGAUCUAUCAGUACUUGUUUUAAAGAGAGGUGAUUGAUUGUACCGCUUAUUCCGGCCUGUAUUAGCCGAGCACUUAAGGGAUUUUGGAAUCAUAUGUAUAUUGGUUGUCGUGGGUUUCCCAUUUAUUGGUUUCGUUCCCUUUUCUUCUUUUCUUUUGCAUCAUGUUUCCAAGUGUUCGGCGGUGACCACAUAUCUCGUGUGAAAGCAAAGUGCUUUAAAACUCCAUCGCUUACAAAUGUGCCACUAAAUGUCAUGUAGGACCUUUAAAUUAUUUUACUAUGAUAAAUGCCAAAAUAAGGGGUUAUUUAUAUAAAGAUACAUAUAUUAUAGCGGGUAGAUUAAGACUACAUUUGAUUUCUUAGAAGCUUUUUGCACUAGAUGAAUGUUUUCUGUUGUGCGACUUCCUUGUAGACUUUUGCUCUAAAUUAUAGUUUGCAGGAAAAGCAGAUUAUUUUUGCAGAACUGUCGCUCUGAAUUUCACCGUUUCUAUUCGUUUGUCUCUCUGUAGCUCAAUGGACCAUGCUGUGGGUGCUUUUGUAUUUAUAUAUAUAUAUAUAUAUAUGUAUAUCGUAUUUGUCAAACUUCUAGCAAUGAAAAUACUCAAAAAAUACUGUUGUUAUCCUGCUACUUUAAUACUGUUUUAUAGUAUGUGUACCAAUAAACUAUUCCAGGUGUUAAAU